UAUAAGCUUGCGUUUCUUUCUCUUUUACUCUGCUAUCCAUUGUGGGUGUUUAUAACUUUUAGAGCAGGCUGCCAGCCUCAACUCGGCUUGAGUUGAACAGCGCUCUGUCUGAUGAACUCGCCUCGCAGUCCCGGGCUGAAACCCGAACUGCUCUGAGGAUGUAAACCAUUUGCAAAUUCGACAGGUGCGGAUCGUUAUAGAUGGCAAGGAUGUUAAACAACGAGUAGGUAAAGCACAACCGACGCCUGGGUUUCCAGAUCACUGCCUCCACAAGUCGGAGAGGUCUCCACAAGCACUCGCCCACUGCCUCCUUUAUCCCUCUAUCAUGCCGUAGAGUAUGUUCAUGUAUUUCUGCCGAGGUUGGCUGUGCGCAUGACUCGGCCGCUGUUGUUGGAUGGAGCUGGUGCUGAGGAGGUGACAAACGGUGUCUAUUUCAGAGAGAGAUCCGGCGUUGCCCGCCGGGCUUGGUUGAGCGCCACUGACGGCAGGGGGUUGGGAGGAGGUGGGGGUGCUAGUGGAGAAGGGGGAGGCUGCUCGGUCCCGCAGUGCCGGAGCCAUUAUUCAAGGAAGCCGACAGCUCCGGUGCACAGUGGGUGAGUGAGGUGGACGCCGCUUUAUUCCAGCAACUCUUGAACUUCCAAUUCCCCUCUCCGAGUCGGCUCCGGGGCUUUGGACAGCUCCGCUUUGGGUUAAGCCUUCUCGGACUCCGGAUCGCUGGGAAGAAGAGAAAAAGGCAGCAAGGUAGAUUAUCACCGCCAGAGCUGAUGUUUCCACGGAAUCUUUCGCCAGGCAAAAGGAUGGGCUCUGACCUAUUGUUAUAAAUCUACCCUUUGAGAGAUGGACUUGGUAGAAGUACUUCUGGUGCUGUUCAUCGUGGUGGUGCUGAUGGUGUCCUUGCUCUCCAACUUGUUGGUGUUAAUAUGCUUCGUCUACAGUUCCGACAUCCGCAAGCAGGUGCCGGGCAUAUUUAUAGUUAACUUGUCUUUCUGCAACCUGCUCAUCACCGUUGUGAACAUGCCAGCGACUGUGCUGGGAGUCGUCAAAAAGCAACAGCCAUUUGGCGAUUGCAUCUGCCAAACCGUUGGAUUUUUGGAAACCUUUCUCGCCACGAACACUAUGCUGAGCAUGGCAGCGUUAAGUAUAGACAAGUGGAUCGCCGUGGUGUUCCCCUUAAGUUAUGUCAGUAAGAUGAGACACAAGGACGCCGUGUUGAUGAUGAGCUACACUUGGCUUCAUUCUCUCUCCUUCCCCGCCGUCGCAAUGUUUUUCACCUGGGUCGGUUUCAAUAACAUUUACGCAUCAUGCACUUUGCACCUACAGGAAGAGACGGCGAGAAGACAGUUCACAAUAUUCACCGUCGUCUUUCACUCCACCAGCUUCAUGCUCUCGCUUGUUAUACUGUGCUUUACAUACCUGAAGGUUUUGAAGGUUGCCCGUUCUCAUUGCAAACGAAUAGACAUUAUCACCAUGCAGACUUUGGUUUUACUGGUAGAUAUCCACCCCAGUGUGAAACAGCGUUGCAUCGCAGAGCAAAAGACCAGAAGACAGCGUGCAACCAAGAAGAUCAGCAUUUUUAUAGGAUCGUUUAUUGUCUGCUUUGCUCCUUAUGUUAUUACCAGGUUGAUAGAGCUAUUGUCCUUCGUGUCUAUGAACUAUCACUGGGGAGUUGUGAGUAAGUGCCUCGCCUACUGCAAAGCAGCUGCCGACCCCUUCGUCUACUCGCUGCUUCGCCAACAGUACAAGAAGGCUCUGGUCAACAUUGUCAACCGGACAUUCAAAAGAGAUUUGUACCCGUCCUCCGGACACAACAGCUCCCUGGAUACCGAGAACGACUACUGCCUGCAGAGAAGCUGAGAGCCAUCUCAGCUGUGUAGUGACCCUUUCA